AAAUGAGUGAGGGUACCCAACCAACCGUCAUUGUUAUAUUAAUAUUUUUCAAAGAUUCUAUAGUACUAUUAAUCCCAAAGAUCCUAAUCUUCCAGCGUCCACAUUCCACCACCUCAACAAGUAAAAGUCAAAAGUAGCUAGCUAGCUAUGAGGCAUUUAGCUAACUCAAACGCAUGAACUCUUGAAGCAUUGAACUCUUAUCCGAAGGCAUCGAAAACAGAAAGAAAAAAGAGAAGAAAAUGUCACAACCAGCACUACCAAAUUCAACAGCAGAAGUGGAAGUAGAAAGACCAGUAGUAGUAGUAGAAGAAGAAGCAGCAAAACAAGGCAAAGGGACGUGGAAGCACGCUGCUUUCCACAUGGCCACCACGAUUGCCACACCGGCCGCUUAUGCUCCCCUGCCUUUUGCUCUCGCUUCUCUCGGUUGGCCUCUCGGGGUAAGCAGUUUGGUGGCUGCAACACUAGCCACUUGUUAUUCUAGCUUUCUCAUUGCAUCUCUGUGGAAUUGGGAUGGGAAGAAACAUGUCACCUAUCGCCACUUAGCUCAGAGCAUUUUUGGGUUCUGGGGUUAUUGGUCAAUUGCAUUUUUUCAACAGGUAGCCUCUGUAGGCAAUAAUAUUGCCAUUCAUAUUGCAGCUGGAAGCAGCCUUAAGGCUGUUUACAAAUAUUAUGACAAGGAUGGUGGCUUAACCCUGCAGCAUUUUAUUAUUUUCUUUGGGGCCUUUGAGCUCUUGCUGUCUCAGCUCCCUGAUAUUCAUUCCUUGAGAUGGGUAAAUGCCUUGUGCACUUUCAGCACCAUUGGCUUUGCUGGCACAACCAUUGGUGUCACUAUUUAUAACGGGAAAAAGAUUGACAGGAAAUCAGUCAGUUACAGAUUGGAUGGAAGCUCAUCUUCUAAAGCCUUUAGAGCCUUUAAUGCUCUUGGGGCAAUUGCCUUUUCCUUUGGAGAUGCCAUGCUUCCAGAGAUACAGAAUACUGUGAGAGAACCUGCAAAGAAGAACAUGUAUAAAGGUGUAUCAACAGCAUAUGCUGUCAUUGUGUUGAGCUACUGGCAAUUGGCCUUCACUGGCUACUGGGCUUUUGGUUCACAAGUCCAGCCUUACAUCUUGUCUUCCCUAACUGUUCCCCAAUGGACUAUUGUCAUGGCCAAUCUUUUUGCUGUUGUACAGAUCUCAGGAUGUUUUCAGAUAUAUUGCAGGCCAACAUAUGCCUACUUUGAUGAAAGACUAUUGUCUCACAAAACUACCAAUCACUUCACAUCCAGAAACAAUCUAAUUCGUCUUGUUUUUACGUCCAUGUAUAUGGUUCUCAUUACUCUUGUUGCAGCAGCCAUGCCUUUCUUUGGAGAUUUUGUGUCAAUCUGUGGAGCAAUUGGGUUCACACCACUGGAUUUUGUGUUCCCUGCUCUGGCAUAUCUAAAAGCUAGAAGACGGCCCCAAAAUACCAAAAUGUACCUUUCUUUGCUGCUUCUUAACUUUGCCGUGGUGGCUUGGUUCUCCAUUGUUGCAGUGUUGGGUUGCAUUGGUGCAGUCAAGUUCAUUGUGGAAGAUGUCAAGACUUACAAAUUCUUUCAUGAUAUGUGAGAAACUCUAGUUAUAUCAUAUGUAAAGCAUAUUGGACAAACAAUAAACAGAUUCAUUGUGUUUACCAA